AUGGACGCCAGACGGUGCGUUCUCGCGACUGCGCUUCUGCUCCUCGUGCUCUCCGCGUUCGCCGUCACGGUCACGGAGGCGAAGAGAAAUCGCGGGAGCAACCAGAAGCUCUCCUAUCUCGACCAGGCCACGAAAGAUUCAAGAACUGCUCAGAACGACGUCGCGUACGCGCAGAAACAAGCUGACCAAUUUUCAACGAAAGCGACUGCUGCGGUGGCCGCAGCGACACAAACGGAGACGGACGAAGCAACCGCGAAGGGAGACUACGAAACCAAGCUUGACGCGCUGGCGACAGCGGCGGGCGCGUUCCCCCCUCUCGACUACGCGCAGACGAAGGCGGAAGACUGGGCGGCUCUCGCUACGAAGAAACACAACGCGGCUGUAGCGCGGCUCGCUCUUGCAACCAAGUACCAAACGUCUGCGACAGCCCUUUCCGUGCUGGUCGACGCCGCGGCGACCGCCGCCACAACCGGAUUGACCGCCGCUACGACCGACCUCACCGACGCGAGCACCGCCGCGACGGCCGCCGCCACAGCCGCCGACGCGAGCCCGACGUCCGCGCUACGCGCCGCGGCCGCCGCGAAGUAUGCCGUCGUGACUGCCGCGGAUGCCGAAGUUACAGCGGCCACUACAGACGAAGCAUCAACCAAGACGGAGAAGGACACCGCAGAUUCGGACCUUACAGCGGCGAAUACGGCGCUGGCGACGGCGCAACAGGCGUUCGAUUCCGCCAAAACAGAUUACGACAACUCGAAGCGCCUGUACGAAACGGCCAAGUCGUACACGAGCGCGGCGCGCAGCAACGAGCUGGAACUGCUCUCGAAGAACCGCGCUGCGCAGAUUAAGCUGAUAGGGAACUCGAUUAUCAGCGCCAAGGCGUCCCGCCGGCUCGUUUCGACGAUCACGAGCGAGACGAAGAACAACCGCGCGCCGUGGCAGCAAAAAGCGGCGAGCAUGGCGGCGACAAAUCCGGACGCGCUCACGGAAAUGAGCGAGAUCGUGGCGUCGAGCAAGCUCCCUGGCAACGCGCUGUGA